GAGACGACGACUCCAAUCUCAGAUAGUCGCGCACCUAAAAACAGAACAAAUAGGAGGAGAGGGAAGGGAGGAGUAACGACAAACACACAGAACCCACCCCCUCCCACGGUCCCCACUCAACCUCUCUCUCUCUGUGGCCCAUUUUCCUUUACUUUCUCUCCCAGUUUCCCCCUGAUCAAACAUAGCCCUAUAACGGCCUCUCUCCCUGUCUCUGAAAUUUGAGAGAGAGGCGUUUAAAAAAAUAGAAAUUUAAUUUAAUUUUCAAAAAAAUGAAGAGGUUGAAGAGCUAUUACAUGAACAUAAGGCAUCCACAUACCAUAGAGAGGAAAUGGAUUUUCCCCUUGGCGAUAGGCUCCAUUGUUUCUCUCUUCCUUAUCUUCCUCACGAUGCUAACCUCACCCGACGGUACGCCCUUCGUUCCGCUCUACCGCUCCAUCACCUCCGGCUCCGUCUUCGUUGAGUCCAAGCUCCAUAUCAUCCCGACCUCGACCCUUCCCCCACCGCCUCGGCUCGCCUACCUGAUCUCCGGCUCCAAAGGCGAUGGCCACAUGCUGAAGCGAACUCUUCAGGCUCUCUUUCACCCUCGCAAUCGCUACGUGGUGCAUUUGGACCUCGAGUCCUCGCCCCAGGAGCGCUCGGAUCUGCAGAAUUACGUGCGGGAUCACCCGGUCUUCGCGAGAUUUGGGAAUGUGAGGAUGAUCACCAAGGCGAAUCUCGUCACGUACCGGGGCCCCACUAUGGUGGCCAACACGCUUCACGCCGCCGCGAUUUUAUUGAGGGAAGGAGGAGACUGGGACUGGUUUAUCAAUCUCAGUGCCUCUGAUUAUCCACUUGUCACUCAGGACGAUCUGCUGCACACGUUUUCGUACUUUCCGAGGGAUCUAAAUUUCAUUGAUCAUACCAGUAACAUUGGCUGGAAAGAAUUUCAGAGAGCGAAACCGAUAAUUAUAGACCCGGGGUUGUAUAUGACAAAGAAAGCGGACGUUUUCUGGGUAACGCAGCGGAGAAGUGUGCCGACAGCAUUCAAACUCUUCACAGGUUCUGCUUGGAUGGCACUUUCUAGGCAAUUCAUUGAUUACCUCAUAUGGGGUUGGGACAAUCUACCUCGAAUUGUCCUCAUGUACUAUGCAAACUUCCUAUCUUCCCCGGAAGGAUACUUCCAUACUGUCAUCUGUAAUGCCCAAGAAUUCCGCAACACAACAGUGAACAGUGACCUCCACUUCAUAUCCUGGGAUAACCCUCCCAAGCAACAUCCACACAACCUCAAUCUCAAUGACAUGCAAAAGAUGAUUAACAGUAAUGCUCCGUUUGCACGGAAGUUUCGCCACAACGAACCAGUGCUUGACAAAGUUGAUUCCGAGCUAUUGUCUCGGGGUCCAGGGAUGCUUCUUCCUGGUGCUUGGUGCAUAGGAAGCAGGGAAAAUGGGAGUGAUCCGUGCUCUGUCAUUGGUGACACCACUGUUCUCAGGCCUGGCCCUGGAGCUAAAAGGUUGGAAAAAUUGAUGACCUCUCUAUUAUCCAGUGAGAAAUUUCGGCCAAGGCAGUGCAAAUAAGAAGCGCCCAAAACUCUUAUAGUGAGCACUUCUCGUGCUACUUUGUAUCUGAUGGUGGCAGGCAGUAUAAUUGGGGAGUUAGCAUGUGUUUUGGUACAAAAAGAAACGAAAGUACACAAAAUCUGCUCUAUAGAGUAGCACGAAGGAGAUGGAUUUGGUGGAAUGAUAUGGGUUGAAGAGCUGGGUGGAAUGACAUGGUAUAGACGCUGAACUGAUUGUAGGCCACGUUUUUCUUUUUCUUUUUUUUUUUUUUUAAAAAAGUUUUAGAGUAUGCAGCCCACUCCAUUCCAGGCGCUGAAGCUUAUGUUGCUCUGAUAAGGGGUCGCAGAAUUAUUGCUGGGAUGACUAUUUGAUAGAGGGAAACAAAAAAAAAAAAAAAAGUUUCUUUAUCCUGUGUACAUCAGUGCUUUUGAUAGCAAAUGCAAGAAUAUGUUCGCUA